CAGCAGCGUAAGCUGUCACCGACAUGGGCAGUGAGCACUACUGCUUGAGGUGGAACAAUCAUCAAUCCAACCUGUUAGGGGUGUUUAGUCAAUUACUACAGGACGAGAGUCUGGUGGACGUCACAUUAGCUUGUUCAGAGGGCGCCCUCAUCAAAGCCCAUAAGGUGGUCCUCUCGGCCUGUUCUUCAUAUUUCCAGAGCCUUUUUCUGGACCACCCCGAAAAGCAUCCAAUUGUGAUAUUGAAGGACGUCCGCUUAGCCGAACUGAAAACAUUAGUCGAAUUCAUGUACAAGGGCGAAGUUAACGUGCAAUAUUGUCAGUUGUCAGCUUUGCUCAAAACGGCCGAGUCGUUAAAAGUUAAGGGCUUAGCAGAGAUGACCAAUCAGAAUACAACACUCAGAGAGCCAGAACGUGAACCGGAUCGCUUGAGACCGCACUCGCAGCCCAGCAAGAGCACCUGUGACAGUCCCGUCGAUACUGCGCUAGCGGGCGGGUCCACCACAUCGAUCGCCACCUCAGCCGCAAACUUAGCCACAUCAGCCACUUCGACAGCCGCCAACGCCGUCGCCUCUUCUUUGUCUGCCUCAGCCUCUACAACCGCCACCUCAGUCUCGACGACAGCAGCAGCAACCACAACGACGCCAGUCAGCACAGCAGCUGCAGUAGUCGCUGCUGCCGCAGCGGCCGUUGCAGCGGUAACACAACAACAACAACAGCAACAGCAAGCUGCCACAGCAUCUGCCUCGACAACAACGACGUCCACGUCAACGGCAGCCGGUGUAACCGGUACCACAACAACGGCGUCCACAGCGCAAAAACGAGACGCCAGCGGUGAACGCGGCGGCAGUCCGUCAGCGGUGCCCCCUACUAAACGUCAACAAAUGUCACCCGAACGUGACUCAUCGCCGCUGCCACUUGAUCUCUACCAGGGACGUAGCGGUGAAUCAGCAACUGGCGCGGAAUGUGGUAUAGCCGCCUCGAACGAGGAACGUGAUGCGACGACGCAUGUCAUAAGCAAAAGUAACAGCAGCAACAAUAAGAAUGCGAGCAGCAGUGGUGGCGUAAGCGGGAGCAGCACACAAACAGCGUCACACCACAAUAAUGGCAAUAGCGAUAUCAGGACAAGACGACAUGAUAACUCGGACGAUGAAGAUGAUGAUGAGGGUGGUGGCGUCGGCAGCGGCGGUGGUGGUUGUGGUGCUUUGCUCGAUUCACCACCCGCACGACCCGCCUCCUGUAGCGUGCUGGACGUAAGUGGCAUGGGUCUCACGUUGGGCGUGGUGGAGAAGAUCGAAGAACCCGAUAGCUAUGACGAGGAAAUGGAUCUGGAUGAGGAUGUAGAGGAUAAUAGCUCGAAUGAUGCCAUGGGCUUGAAUAUGAAAAUCGGCGCAGCAAUUAGCCAUUCAGCGGCUUCGUUGGCGUUGCCCUCACCACUAGGUGGUGGCAGUGGUGGCGGUGGCGGUGAUCCAGAAUCGGCACGUUCCACGCCCGCUGCAGCUACAAGCUCAUCCUGCGGCGGAGGGCUCAUACUCGCAUCGGAUCUCUCACACCAGCAGCAGCAUCGCGCCACUUCACGUAGUCCACGCGAUGGCGGCAGCGUGGCAGGCGAGCGGCCUAGCAGCAGUGGCGUCUGCAUGCUAUCGGCUACGUCGGGCGUAGUCUUGAGUCCAAGUGCGUCGGCGGCAGCACCAGCAGCGGGCAACGAACCGCUGGCGGGUACGUCCGGAUUGGGGCCAGUGCAGUCGGUGCCACUGUCGCUCAAGAAAGAGAUCGAUUGCAGCGAGGAUGACAACAGCAACAGUCGACAUAUGCAUCAGCCGCGCUCGGCGUCAGCGGGCGGCGGCUUAGGUGGUGAUUUGGAUUAUCGUCUCACAACACACGAAUCGGAAACGUCCGAUUCGCCCCACGUUGCCGCUGCCGGCGGCGGCGCGAGCAGCGGUGGUGGCGGCGGUAGUUGUGGCACUGUUUCGUGUUCCACCUCUGCCGCCGCCGCGGCCGCAGCCAUUGCUGCCUCGGCGGCCUCCACCUCCCAUCAUCUCGACCAACCGCAAACACCGCCGCCCCUUUAUACCUGCAUGUACUGCGGCCACACAUUCCAGCACCAAAGCAAGCUAACGCGACACAUACUCUCGCACUCGCUAAAAACGCUGGAGUAUCGCGAAGCGGCACAACAUCCGCUGUUGCAUUCGCACUUGCUGUCGCACGACCUCAAUAUGGCGCAACUUCCACAAUUCACCACGUACCAAAUGAAUGCUUUGGCGGCCAGCGGCGCUGAAACUCAGGAACAAGCGGCUGCGGCGGUGGUAGCCGCUGCCAUGGAACUGGACUUUGCUGCCGCUUUGGCUGCUACUUGCGGUAGUGUGGGUGCGCGUGGGGCACUCGAUCUCGAUGGCAGUGGUGGUGGUGGCCGAGUUGGGCAUGGUGUUGCUGGUGGUGGAGGCGGCGGCUCGACAUCUGGCAAUGGCGGCAUUGGUGGCUCACCAGUGGGUAGUGGCAGUUUGGUGCUGAGCGGCGCUGGUUCGUCGUCCUCUUCGACGUCUGCGGCGGCGGCGGCGGCAGCGGCAGCAGCAGCUGCUGCGGCCUCCUCGGCGGGCUCGUUGCUUGGCGCAUCAUCGAGUGGCGCCGAUCCAAAUAGUGUUGUGCUGUGCAAGUUUUGUGGCAAAAGUUUUCCCGACGUGACAUCAUUGAUUACGCAUCUGCCAGUGCAUACGGGUGAGCGGCCAUUCAAAUGUGAGUUCUGUGGCAAGGCUUUCAAGCUGCGCCACCAUAUGAAAGAUCAUUGUCGCGUACAUACGGGCGAACGACCGUUCCGAUGUCAAAUGUGCGGGAAAACCUUCUCACGCUCGACCAUACUGAAAGCGCACGAGAAAACCCAUUUUCCCAAGUAUGUGCGCAAAUUUCUUUCACCAAGCCCUGUCGACACAAAGGAUGAACUACCACAAUAGUGAAGCGACUUUAGUUUGCUCCUAAACUACUACUAUUAUUACUACUACUACAACUACAACAUACAGGAUAAUAAUAAUUACAAUUAUUACAACUGACGAUGAGCGAUCGUGAUCUAAAGUGGCCGGCACGGGACGGCGCAUAAGAUCACGAUCAGUGCACCACGAAACAGGUUGAACGCGAUAAUGAUGAUGAUGAAGAUGAAGAAGGAAAUGAUAUUCUGGCGUUGCAGAAUAACAGGAAAAAUAGUAAUCGUAAACCACGACGACAAAGAAUUUGUGGUUGAGCGCCCAUAUGUAGAUGAGAAAGAGGCGUGCCACUUAAUAAAUUGUAAACAAAAUAUAAAAACCUAGAAGUCUGCACGAGCAUACAUACGGCAGCAAUUACAUAUAUACUUAUCUUCUACAAUACAUAUUAGCAACGUACAUAUAUAUACAUACAAUAUGUGUGCAAAAGAGAGUGAAAAAGAAAUAUGUUAGAGAGAAAGAGAGAGAGAGAGAGAUGAGGUGAAAUCAUAUGCAUACACACACAUACAUACAGAUAUAUACAUAUGAUUAAGUAAGCGAAGAAAUUCAAAGAAUAAAGCUACAGUAAGAAGAAGAAGUAUAUACAUAAAUACAUAUAUACACAGUAUAUAUACACAUAUAUAUAUUUAAAGUAGUUGUAAAACAAUUAAUGAACUCAAAGAGCAGAAAAUGUAGUGUGUGAAACAAAACAUAAGAGGAGUGUAGAGGAGAAGUAAAAACGCUAAGCGUAAAUGCAAAAUUUUAAUGCAUUUUUUUACAAAUAGGAAUUGUGUACAGAGUGUAAUGAGUAAACGAGACACGUGGAGCUAACGCAAACACAAACAGAACCAGGAGUAGUGUACGUGAGCGAGACCAGCGAUGUAUGGCUGGCAUGAGGAAGGCAGAAAAAAAUUAAGAAAAUGAAAGAAAAAGGGGAAGAGGCAUGUCAUUACUUUUUCUCCUUUCUAAAACAGUGAGUCCUAAGUGCUGCCGUAGUAAAGGCGCGCAGCUAGCGAGAAAGAUAGAGUAAAGGGAGAGAGGCUGGCAGAGUGAGUAGCAGCGCUUACUCAAAGUGGAGAGCUAACAUAAUAAAGCGUCUAUUUUUAGUAACUACAUACAUAUUUUCAUGUGUAUGUAUGAAUAGUUAUUCAGCAGAUAGAACGAAAGCGAUUUUCGUUUUCCUUGGUUAAAUGCAGGUUUAGGAUUUCUUUUAUAUAAGAAUUGUAUGUACUUUAAAUUGUAAGCGAAAGUAAAUGUUUGUAACAGAGAAGAAGAAAAAAAACACAAAAACACAAAAACAAGAUUAGUAUAAAAGAAGGCGGCGUGAUAGAGAUGGUGCGAGCAUUAAAAAAAGAGAAAAAGAGAAAGUGAAGUAAAAACGAGCGAGAGUCCACUAGCAACAUGUUGCUAACCGUCAGCGCAACAUUUACAUUGAUUAGGUUGAGCGCGAAAUGCGCAGGAUUUUCAAGCAGAACUCUUAAGUGUGCAUACAUACAUACAUACAUACAUAUGUAUGUACGUUUACUUUCAUUGUACAGUUAAAUAAUGUGUAUUGUAUUGUUUUUGUUACAUAUAUAUUUACCUACAUAUACAUAUGCACAUGAAAACUUAUGAAUAUGUAUAUAGAUAAUAAUUUUCACAACUAACUGUUUAGCUGCAGCGCACAUCCCAGCGUUUGCAAGAUCUCAUGUGAUCCUUUUUUAUAUACAUACAUACAUACAUACAUAUAUAUAAUACAUAGAGAAAAGUACACGCAGGCAUACACACACAUACUAUUUGUAGUAUACACAUAUAUUCACUGCGCUAAUGUGGUAGUAAGGAAGGCAUACCUAAAAACAGGCACACAGAAACACAUACAUACAUACAUAUGUGCAUAUUUGUGUGCAUACUGGCGGAGUUCACGUACCCCUCUAGGGACUCGCUUGCGCAUUGAAAUUUAAAUCUACGAUUAUUUUCCAAAAACUCAGUAAUGUUAACGCGCAUGCGCUUCGUCUCAUUUGCUGAAUUUCACAUACAAUUAAAUUGCAACUUUCCAAGCAGCAUAUGGUGCAUACAUAUGUACAUACAUAUACAUAUAUGAACAUACAAAUACAUAUGCACCAUUUUUUUGCUUAUUAAAGUAAUUAGUCCGCAACAAUUUGCAACCGGUUCCUGUUAAAUAUCACUUUUCCGAAAGUAAAUGCAACAUUAAAAAUAGCGCAGAUAUGACAGUUACGUGCAUACAUAUGCACACAAUAUAUAUGUAUGUAUGUGUAAGAUUUAAUUACAAGCAAACUAGAAGAACGACAACUUUUUUACAUACAUACAUACAUACAAUAGCUUAGCAAGACAGAAUGAGCGUUUUACAGCAACAAACAACAACACAACAAAUACAAUUACAAUAGAAUUACCAAUUGGUGCUAAUAAACUACAAACUUACAAAAGCAAAGAGGAAAAUCAAUGCAAAUUUAGCAUAAAUCACAAACUCCCAAUUUGUCAGUAAAAUAAAUAAAAUAGUAAAAGUCAAUAGUGAAAGCUCAUAUACAGUGCAUAUUUAUCUUUCAAAAAAUAACAGAAAAACAGAAAACCAAAAUAUGUAAUAAUAAUCAACAAAUGUGACUACGGCAAAGCAAAAGUUCGCAUACAGUUAGAGACAUGAAAUAGUUAUAUUUAAAUACCUUGUUCAGUUUUGUGAAACCUUAGCAAUACCCCAAAAAAGAAAUUGCUCUCAAGUGUAGCAAAGUUUGGUGAAGAAAAGCUACGAGGCUUCGAACUGAAAGCUCUAUUAAGUAUUUAAAGGAAAUAAGUUUGCAAUUGCCUUUAAUAAACCCUAAAAAUCUUCAAAUUGAAAUGAAACUUCGAAGCCCAAAAGUGUUACUUAUAAAAGCUCACAUUUAUUUGAAAAGCUUUCGCUGACAUUUCAACUGCUUUUCAUAUGCGAAAGCGCUAUGUGAAAGCUUACAUGUCACACACUUUUUAUACAGCGUUCUCGUGCCUCUAAAUAACGCUAUUUACAGAUUAAGUAUUCUAAAAUCAUGAUUUACUUUUUUUAAAUGUUUAUUUACUCUACAUAGUUUGCUAAUUAAGCACCCGAAGAAAUGGAAAAAUUCCGAACUUUGCUCGAACUUAGUGUAGCAAAAUUGUACGCCACUCACUAAUAGAAUAUUUAGUGUGAGGCCAAACGUUUUGCACUUAUAUUUCUUUUGUACUAGAUUGCAAACUUUUGAAGGAUUUUGAAAGCUAGAAGGUUCAGUUUUUCAGUGCUAGUUUAACGGUGGUGAAUUUUUAAAUCAGUAAUCAUGACUAUUAUAGCUGGUAUUCAUUGUUUCCUUUACAAUAUCUCUCCAUACGUAUCGGUUCCUUGCAUCGCUCCUUCUAGCAUUUAUGCUUCGUAGGUCUCCUUGGAGUUUCAAAAGCUGCAAGCUUGUACUGAUAUUGUUCUUCAAAUUCCAGAGUUCUUCAUGAACUAAAAAUAAAUAAAUUGUUGGUGCAAGAAGUGAGCCGUUAUUUUCGCUCAACUCAGUUUUAAAAGCUUCCGCAUCAUCUUUAGGUUUAUAUUUCCCACUUGAUUUUUGAAAAUGUUCGGGUUAUUUUUUAUUGCAUAGAAGGAAAUUCUUUGCAAAUAGAAAUUGUUUUAUAACCUUUAGAAACACUUUUCGAGCUUUCAAAGUUACCUUACAAGCUUUUAAAACUUUUCGUGAGCUCAAAAGCCUUUUUGUGAGCUUUUUCUUUAUUCUGAAGCUUUUUAUUUCUCUUAAGCUUCAAAUAUUUCAUUAUGAGCUGUCAUUUUCAGAAGCUUUAGGUGCACUUUUCGUACUUUCAUAGUUACUCUACGAACUUUCAGAACUUGUUGUGAGUGUCAGAAGCCUUUUUGUGAGCUUUUUCGUCAUUCGGAAGGUUUUUAUUUCUCCAAAGCUUCAAAUAGUUCAAUAUGAGCUUUCAUUUUCAGAAGUUUUAGGAGCACUUUUCGUACUUUCAUAGUUACUCUACGAAUUUUCACAACUUUUUGUGAGCUUCAAAAGCCUUUUUGUGAGCUUUUUCGUCAUUCGGAAGGUUUUUAUUUCUCUAAAACUUCAAAUAUUUCAUUAUGAGCUUUCAUUUUCAGAAGCUUUAGGGACACUUUUCGAACUUUCAUAGUUACUCUACGAUUUUUCACAACUUUUUGUGAGCUUCAAAAGCCUUUUUGUGAGCUUUUUCGUCAUUCGGAAGGUUUUUAUUUCUCUUAAGCUUCGAAUAUUUCAUUAUGAGCUUUCAUUUUAAUAAGCGUAAGAAACAUUUUUUGAACUUUGAAACUCACUCUACGAAGUUUCAAAUCUUUUUGUGAGCAUUAAAAGCCUUUUUGUGAGCUUUCUCUUUAUUCUGAAGCUUUUUAUUUCUCUUAAGCUUCAAAUAUUUCAUUAUGAGCUUUCAUUUUCAGAAGUUUUAGGAGCACUUUUCGUACUUUCAUAGUUACUCUACGAAUUUUCAGAACUUGUUGUGAGCGUCAGAAACCUUUUUGUGAGCUUUUUCGUAAUUCGGAAGGUUUUUAUUUCUCUAAAACUUCAAAUAUUUCAUUAUGAGCUUUCAUUUUCAGAAGCUUUAGGGACACUUUUCGAACUUUCAUAGUUACUCUACGAAUUUUCACAACUUUUUGUGAGCUUCAAAAGCCUUUUUGUGAGCUUUUUCGUCAUUCGGAAGGUUUUUAUUUCUCUUAAGCUUCGAAUAUUUCAUUAUGAGCUUUCAUUUUCAUAAGCGUAAGAAACAUUUUUUGAACUUUGAAACUCACUCUACGAAGUUUCAAAUCUUUUUGUGAGCAUUAAAAGCCUUUUUGUGAGCUUUUUCGUUAUUUGGAAGCUUUUUAUAUCUCCAAAGCUUCAAAUAUUUCAUUAUGAGCUUUCAUUUUCAGAAGUUUUAGGAACACUUCGCACUUUCAUAGUUGCUCUACGAACUUUCAAAACUUUUUGUAAGCUCAAAAGCCUUUUUAUGAGCUUUUUCGUUAUUCGGAAACUUUUUGUUUCUGAAAGUUUCAAAUAUUUCAUUAUGGGCUUUCACUUUCAUAAGCGUAAGAAACACUUCUCGAACUUUAAAAGUAUCUCCACGAAGUUUCAAAACCUUUUGUGAGCUUCAAAAAACCUCUUUAUGAGCUUCUUCGUUAUAAUUUCGCCAAAGCUUCAAAUAUUUCAUUACAAGCUUUCACUUGGAAUACUGAAUCUUUCGGAACCUCUCAUCUGUUCUUCCACAUACUUUGCUUAUCACUUGAGAAAGUAAUUUACAAUAAAAUCAAAAUAUUUUACAAUCACAAGAAUCUACAAUAUAACCAAUAAGAACAUUAGUUAAAUAUACCUACUUAAAUACACAUUAAUACCUACCCAUAUAAUGCCUCUACUUCAUUGACCUGCACCUAGGCACCUAUUUUGUUUCCCAACAGGCAAGCCAACGACCAAAAAAAUUUGAAACCCACAUAAUUUUUUGACAAAUAAACCUCAUUUUGGAUCACUUUAGGCAUUUUCGGAAUUUCAACUACCAAGCUUUCAGCGCUUGGUUCUUCAGAUACUCACUCAUGAGAGCAGGAAAUUUAGGAACGGUAUAUGCAGGGUUAAAACAGUUAUUGCAUGCAGCUUUGGGCUCUCGAUAAUACUUUUGUGCACAUCUCAUUUUGGAAGAAUUAAAGUAUUUUUGCUUUCAAGCCUUUGCGGCGGCAUUCGGAGUCCAAACUUUUAAAUUUCUGAUUUCGUGUUAGUGACAAAAACAAAGAAAUUAAGACUAGGAGCGUGCAUAGUUUGCAAAUUAGUGAGAGUAAAGAGUAAAAAGGAAGAUCUUGGAGAGAAAAGAAAGUGGAAGUGGAAGCAAAAUAUCCUUUUUAUUACUAAAAAUAUAAAAAAUACACAAAAUAUAAAGCUAAACAUCGUUCAUAUAUACAUAUAUAUAUAUAUAUAUCUAUAUAUAUAUAAAUAUAUAUGCAUACAUAUAUAUAUACUUUACAUAUAUACAACCUAAGUACAUACAUAGACACAUGCGCAUAUACAAUACAUACAUACCUACAUUACUACAAGUACAUAGCCCCCGAAAGAAAGUGAAUUAAGUAAUUAAAAAUAGAAGAAGAAGCACUAAAGGACUCCAAAGAUAACAGAAAAAUGUAUGAAAUUUUUAAAGUAAAUGCAAAGAAAUUUUGAGUAUGCGGAAAUUGAUGAGGACGCCAUACACAAAUACAUAUUCGAAUGUAGCUUGGUGGGAUGUGAGGUGAAAUUGUAGAUAUUUAGCUAAGGACUGUGGGGAAUUUUUAAGGCAAAAUAGAGUUAAAAUCACUUAAGAGGACACAAAAAUUUGUAUAAGGCUAAAUUAGGUAGAAAAGGCGCCGAAAGGUGGCAGCGCAAAAGACACUGAACAAUUUCGAGCAAAUACAAAGCAUAUGAAGCAGAAGAAGAAAGCAAGCGAGUGAGAGAGUGAGAAUGAGACAGGUAAUUUAGUUGGCGCUGGAGAAGGUAGGACAGGCAAUUGAGGUGAAAACAGAAUUAUUUGAAGAAAAAGCAAACAGAAAAUUUAUUGCAUAGAGAAUAUCUGUGAUCUUAACGAUAUUUAUGAAAUAUAUAAAUUAAACCGAAGAAAAAAAAACAAACACAAUUUAAGUAUAUAUAAUAUAAUAACAGAAAACAAAAAAAAACAAAUACAAACACAAUUAAUAAAUAGAAAAGCGAGAACCGUGAAGCAAAUAAAGUAAGAAAUAAAUAAAAAAAGUAAGAAAUAUUAAAAAAGAUGUAAGAAAAAUAAGCAAAAAGUACAGGAUGUGGUGAAGAAAUAAGGCAUAAUAGAAUUCAAGAGGCAUGAAAAUGAAAAAACUUAACAUUAAAUCACUUAUACAUACAUAUAUACAGUAGAAGCGUAUACACACACACACACAUACGCAUGUAUAAUUGAAAACUGUUUGCAAUUUGAUUAAAUGCGCGCAGGCGCAAAAUUCUCUAUUUUCCAUUUAUAUAGAUAUUUUUUGUUUUUGUAGUACAGCAAGCAAGCAAGCAGCAAGCAAAUAAUUUUAUUUUCAUUUUCCAAUUUUGAAGCAAAAACCGAGACAUACACUCACACGUACACACACACACACAAGCACCGUACGCGAGCCAGCCACACAUAGUUGUUUAGAUACCUAUUUACAUACACACAUACAUACAUACAGGGCGUAUAUAUGUGUGUGUAUUAGUUAAACACAAAGAAAACCUGCACAUUAAAACACACACACCUGCACACAUGCACAGUUAGAUUUGUUAUUUUUUUCUGUUUUUGUUAUUACAGCUUUUGGCUAGCAUAGUUAUGCAACUAAAAGCAACAACAAGCAAAUAUAUAGAAAAAAAAAGAAAUAUUUAAGCAAAAAAUAAAAAAAUUAGCUUUUUCGGCACUUUGGCAUAUUUUUAAGUUUAAAACUUUCGCUUUACGUUGAUAUUUACGUUUUUAUGUAUUUAUGUGCAUACAUACAUAUGCACACAUACACACAUACAUAUACCAUAUGUAAUAUAAGCAAACACCCCUUUCUCUGAUUUCUCUAUGAAUAACUACGAAGAUAUAUUUUUAAAACUUAAUGUUCGUUUCUUUUCUUGGUUCAAAACUUAUGUAUGCUUAAAAUGUAGAAAAUUAACAAUUUAAAGUUAUAUAUAACAUAAAUAUUUACAUACUAUACAUACAUACAUACAUGCAUACAUACAUAUGUACUUUAUGUAAAGCGUAUUUUGUAAGGUAGUGAGACAAAAAGUUAACACAAACAGACAUAUUUAAAACAAAAACAAAAAACAAAAACAAAAAACGAGAAUAAAAACAACAACAACAAAAUUAUACAUUGUAAAUUGUAUGAGCGCAUACAAAAUUUCUUUUUAGAAAAAGCAAAACUAAAACAAAACCAAACAAUUGAAAAUUAAAACUGCGCAGAGCAUUAGAAUUACAAGUUUAGGCAAAGCAAACCCUUUUAGGCAAAAAAAAAGUUUAUUAAAAAUAUGAAAACAUAAUAUACAUAUAACAAAUUUCGAUAACUGAAAAUUAUAUAUGCUUAUAUACAUACAUACAUACAUAAGUCUUGCACAAUACACAGGCCAUCCCGCUGACUAAUAAUGAACCCCUGCCAACAGAGACACCUUUUGCCGCUUAUAUAAAGCAAAAUUACUUUAACUUGCUUAUAUUAUGAUACCAAAAGGUAAAACGUUAUUUUUAUUAGAAAUAUUUAAUUUUGUAUUGAGGGCUGCAAGCAUUAAUUGAGUGGCUUUUGAAAAACAAAAAACAAAUGUUUUAAAGAAAAUCUUAAAAAAAUUAUAUCUUUACCGCACUUGAAUCUAUUCAUAACAGUUUAACACUUGUUUUGUUUUUGCUUUUCACAUCAUUUUCCAAAAAUAGCGUAAUAUAAUUCACUGUUAAGGGGGGAGCCUGCUUUAGAAGCUUCAAAAAAUCGAUGUUUUCGUGAAUUUUUUUGAGACGGAAGGAAGUAUUCGAUUGAAACGAAACUUUCAGGUUUUAUUGUUAUAUAUGUAUUUCAACAGUCUUCUCAAAUUUUGUCAUUAAAAUAUAUGCCAUAUUAUGGCUGGUACAAGCAUUUUGCCGAGGCAUCUCGAGUGUGCGGCGGGAAAGAUGCAGGUCACAAUUUUCAUCUGAAACCAAAAACCCAAAACAAAUUUUAUUUUAGUAUAGUAUAGCUUCUAGUUAAACCACGAAAAUUAAACAAAAAGUGAGAAAUUUAAUAAUUAAUUAAGAACUAAUUAAAAAAAAUAGUUUUUUUGGAAAAACAAAUUAACUUUAGAUUGUUUAAAAAGUCGGUUAAUCAUAACUUUCUUAAGGUUUUUUUGGUUCAACUAGAAGAGAAUUUAAUUCCGAAUACAAUCAAUGUUAUCUCGUUUUGAUAGGACGUUUAACGUUUUCCCUAUCUUUCCCGCCAAUUAGGAAAAAUCGUAAAAAUAAAAAACCGAGAAAUCGGCUGGUAUCAGCUUCAACAUCGUCCGAUGACGAAACAUUAUGAAACUGAUUGCCGUGGAAUCUGCGCUUCCGUGGUUUUCCAGUCCGUUCACUUGAAGAUGUGUUCCCUUUUGGAUAGCUCUGCAUGAUUUCAAGAUGUGCACGUGUCGAAAAGCAAAUUAGAACUGAACUUAAAUGCUAAAUAUGACUUUGCUCAAGCCGACGCAGCCAGGUAAUACAUAUAUACGCUCGUAUACCUGCUCGACGCUUGCUCACAAUUUCUUCUGUAACUCCGAAAAUAUUUUGAAUUUGCUGCUGAAAUUUUGAGGACACAUUUUUGGAUAGUUUGGGAAGACAUUUAUGCAAAAAAAAAAUCCAUUUUUUGAAACCUCUAAAGCAGGCUCCCCCCUUAAUAUUUUUAAUAAAAAUGCAGAACAUUUUCGUUUCCAAAUCCAGCUUUCCUUCAAACUGUGCUACACACAUUUAGGGUUGUACUGCAAAUCAAGCGUCUUCUAAAGUUAAAUUUUCCUUUACCACACGCCAUUUACCAAGCAAACUAAAAUUCAACAAGCAACGUUUCAAAAAUUCUCCAUACUUAAACGCGCAUUGAUCAAAUGAGCUUAAUUUUGAGUUAACAUCAAGGCAGGCUGUUAAUUUAGCAGCCUAAUGUUAAGCUUACUGUCAAGAAAGGCUGUUACUUUACACGCAAUGAGCUAGCAGUGUUAGUAGUGCAUAAUUUGUCAUAAAAAAAACAACAACAAUAGUUAUUUAUGUGAGGUACAAUACCAUGCAACAGUUCAAAAAUUCAAUAUUAAAUGCGCAUUGAUCAAAUGAGCAUAAUUUUGAGUUAACGUCAAGGCAGGCUGUUACUUUACACGCACUGAGCUAGCAGUGCUAACAGUGCUGAAAAUGCCGCACAUUUGAACGCGCUCUGAGAAAUUUCCUCCAAUUUGUCAUAUACAACAGUUAUAUAGUUGUUGUUGCAAUAAUCUUUUAUACAGUUGAUCAACUGAUUCCUAAGCAUUCUGUGUGCUUGAAUAACAGUGCUUCUCUCAGUGAUAUGACCAAUUGAAAUUCGAAGUGUAACUGUUAAACGGGCAAAUGUGCACGCGAUUUGGCUCCAUUUGCUCUUUAAUUGCAUUAGAGGUUAUUGUAAUUUGUGAACUAUUGUCGUUAAAUUAAAAACUAGCUAAAAUUAACUAAAAUUUAAAUUCUCGAAAAACUUGCUGUGUUAAGUACACGUGCCUCCGUCUUCAUCUGACUCUCAUUAGCUCCGCUCAUUUGUCAAUCGACCCCUGGCUUAACUCAUAGUUUGUUAUCUUUGCCUUUGUUGGUUAGUAAAAUUCAUGAGAUAAGUGUUUUCGUUGUACUGGUGAUGUGGUGAUUGGCUGUAGAAGACGAUUGCCUUUAAUACUGUGUGCUCAGCCACUUAGUUAGACUUGUGGGAGAGCGCCUAUGUAAGCAGCACUGUUUUGUUUGAAGGAAAGUGACGCAAAAUGUUCGUGUUCUAAAUAUUUUGAAAAUUAAGCAUAUUUUUUUUAUUUCUGCUUGAAAAUAAUGUUUUUAUUUUUUAUUUUAUUUUUUCAAACAAUGUUGCCAUUUAGUUAUCAUUUACAAUAUGACGCAUACACGCAUAUGUAUGUCAUCCCCUGCCCUCGUAUGCCUUUAACAAUUAAAAAAAAAAUGUAAAACUAAAAAAGUCGCAUCAAAUAAUGCUGCUAACUUUUAAAUACCUUUCUAACUUGUUUUUAAUUUAAAUUAAUUAAAUUUCUACGCAUACCUGCUUGUACUUCUCUCCCUUCUAUUGGCGCUCAUGACAGUGUACGCAAGCGCAUGCUGCUUUACUGGCGGUGAAUAAAACUGGGAUAAAAAUGUGACAAGAAAAAGAUCUCAAAAUUUUUAUUGUAUUAAUAAAUAAAAGCGAAGGCAAAGUAUGUGUAAGGAGGUGGAAAAAAAUAAAAAUAAAAAUAAAUAAAUAAAAAUGCUAAAAACAAUUGCAAGUAACUUGUAAUCAUAAAACUAAAUUAAGUUAACCCGUUCAGCGCCGGCAAUGCAGCAUCGCAGCAAACGAAAAAUAUUAUUAUGAAAUUAUUUAAAAUUAAGACGCCCGGCAAAAAUUUUGAAAAACUAUUUCGUCUUAAGUGCGUUUCGCUUUUGUUUUAAGGCUUUCAUAAAUAUUUAACGACUUGUGUCUCGAACAAAUCGUAGGUAUACACACGCGAGUGAUUAACAAACUUAGGCAAAAUUCAAAAUUCUAAAUUAAAAAAGAAAAAUAACAAAAUUACGUUAAAAAAAAAACAAAAAUGAAGUACACGCGCAUGAAACCCCCUUUCGGCAUCAACUUUUGGAUAAACAAUUUGGCUGUGAUAGUGUUAAAAAUACAUACAUACAUGGAAGUAAGGCGAAAGAUACGAAAAAACUCAUACCAGUUUAAGGAACAUUUUAGCAUAAUUAGAAUUAUUAUAAUUUCUCUCAUUUUAAUAAAUAUACAUAAAUAUAUUUUUGUUUUAAUUUUUCCAAAUUUUUUAGGCAGUAUUAAAUUUAUAAUAAAAUAAAAUGUAAACAAAAAAGCGAAAAUGUGAUGUUAAAAAUUUUUUAAUUCGAAAUUAAUGCGAUAAAAAUGUAGACUUAAAGCAAAAAUUGCACAAAACCCCUCUGAUAACAUGAAAAAAAAAUUGAAAAUUGAAAGUUGAAAAUUUAAACUUUAGGCAAUCCAGCAAUGCAAAUUUAAGGAACUUAAUAAAUAUAAAUUACAUACAUAUAUACAUAUUGUAUAUGGAGUAAAUAAUUAAAUAUAUAUGAAAGAAAAACAAAAUUGUGAUUUUCGGCCUUUUUAUGCAAAAUUAAACGUUUAGGCAAACUUAUAAAAAUAAAUUAGUAAUAAAUGAAUAAUAAAAAACAAAACCAAAAAAAAACAAAAAAAAGUACUUUACUAUAAAUGCAUUUGUUGAGGCGAGAGAAGCUGAAUUAUGAGCGAAAAAAAUGCUUAAAAAACUUUUAACCAACAUACAGCGGCAUGAGAAAAUUUAGAAAGCUUUUAAGAAAACAUAAGAAUCGCCGCUAUGCGCUUCAAAUAUAUAAUUAAUUGCUACGAGUCGUGACAGAAGGAUCUCAAAAUUUAGCGUAUUGAAGAAUUUAAAUCAUUGCAUCGUAGAAAAGCUAUGUAUGAGCGCACAUACCUAUACAUGCGUACAUGCGACUGUAUGCGACUGUGUGCGUUUUUAUUUUCUGCAAAAAUAUUAAAUUUUUUUUUUUUUUUUGAAUUGACACAAGGAGCACAAGGAAGUAGUUUUUAAAGUUUUUGUAAAUAUAACGGCGCAAAUUUUUUUUAAUUUAAUUUCCCUUUCAUUGCCUGUUCAUUUGUGUUGCGGAAAUUUUUUGUGUAUGCUAAGACAUUCCAUACAAUUAACUUAUGUUUUCAACGUUCUAAGCAAAAAAUGAACAAAAAAAUUGCAAUUUUUUAAAGCCAAACAUCGACUGUCAUGCGCGCCAAAUUCACGAGGUACAAGCAGCGCAUAUUUUUAUAGAAAUUUUGAAAUGAAAAAAUAAAACUUUUUUGCUACUUAUUUUCACAAAAAUUACUACCACUACACACAUACACGCUCGUAUGUAUUUACUUUUACUUAUAUUUUAAAUAAAUUUCGUUUAUAUUACAUUAUGUUUAAUAAACAAAAACAAAAACCGAAACAAAAACAAAAAAAAGCACAGAGAAAAUAUGAUAAAUAAUAAAAAUUAAGCGAAAGAAGAGCAAACAGAAAAAUGAAAAACCACAAAAUGUUAUAUUAAUUUUAAUUAUUAUUGUGCUGUUUGUGUUGAAGCAAAAAAACUAUGAUAUGAAAUUUUUUCUAAAUUUUUAUUUAAAUUAAAUUUGUUUUUGAAAUUCUACAUCAAACACACGCCCACAAACACACACGUUUUCCAAGUAACACGCCUUACACAUACACAUACCAACAACAAGAACAACAAGCGCCACGAUGAAUUUGUAAUGUUAAUUAAUUCUUAAUUAAAACAUUAAUUAAAACAAAAACAAAAAAUAAAAAAUAAAAAUCAAAACAUCAAAAAAACAAAAAAACAAAGAAGCAGCGACUAAGCAUAAGCAAUUGUUAUUUGAGUAAAAGUUAAAUUAAAUGCAAAGCAAAUAAAAUAAAAAUAAAAGAAAUUAUGAAAUGAAAAACAAAAGAAAAGCGAUUUUGGUUUUAUUCUUUAGUUCUUUACAAAAUUCGUUUUCAUUUUCCCAUUUCAUUUUCAUUGCGUUCACUCGAAAUUCAUUGUGAAAAUAUGCCACAUUCAUUACAAAAUUCAUUGUGAAUACACACACACUUUGCAUGCACACAUACAUACAUACAUCCUUAUGCGCACAUGCACACACACAAGCACACGCGCACUGUUCACACUUUCACCUAUUCCCAAACACCAAAUAAAAAGAGGCAGAACUGCGUGGUGAAAGCACAACUUACGCAUAAGAUUUGCGAAAGGUUUGGCAUUGAGCUUUAAAAAACGCGAAAUUGCUCUAUUUAUAUAUUUGUAAAAAACGCGAAAUUGCUCUAUUUAUAUAUGUAUUUUGUAAUAUUAAUAAAUUUCACAAAUUCCAGUUCUUAACUCAAAUAAGUGGCAUUGAAGCCGCCUCACACAAACAAACAUUUUAAAAUUUUGUGAAACAAAAAGGCGCUCAAAACUCAUUAGUGCAAUCAGCUUAGAGGGCGGAGUGAUUGGCCUUGUCCAUAUGCUGGUCGAAAAGAGUGUAUCCAGAAGCAGCACAAGUGCGUCUCCACCCAUUAGGCUACAUCCUGCCUGUGAAAUCUGAAGAGAACAGCUCUCAGUCAUGCAGUUUAUGCGGUGUAUUCAAGGCCACAGCAGCAAUCUCGAUUGAAAAACAUUUUAAAAAAUCUUUCUGGCACUGAGCAUCAUUGAGAUCUUCACUGUAAGAGAUUAUAUACAGGGUGAACGAUAUGAAGUGUUACCUAUUCAAAACACCAUAACUUUUUUGUGUGAAAUUAGUUUUUAUUGAUUUCAAAGACAAAAUUGUUCAAAAAUGAUUAGAAUUUUAACAUAUAUAUUCACUUUAGCUCGAUAUGACUACCUUUUGCCACCUUAUGACUCUAGCCUUCAAGCGGUCAAAAAAUGAGUUGCAUGCUGCACGAAUGUGAUCUUGAGGUAUUUUGGCCCAUUCUCGUAUAAUCGCUCUUUUCAGCGCAUCCAAACUGGCAUAUUUUUUAGUCCUCACCUUGCUCUCCAAAAUGGACCAGAUGGAAUAGUCUAUCGGAUUUGCGUUUGGCGAAUUCGAAAGCCAUUGUUUGGACGAAAUGAACUGUGGAACAUAAUUUUUUAACCAUUCUUGGUGCACACGAGCUUUAUGAGACGGUGCCCAGGACUCGGCGAACGUCCAUGGUCUACGACCGAAAUGUUUACGUGUCCACGGCUCUAAAGCAGCUUCUAAAACAUUUCCCCGAUAAUAAGUCGCAUUCACUUUGACACCAGGCUCGAUAAAAACGAUUGGAGAGCGUCCAUCAGCGGUCACUGCGGCUCAAACCAUUACUUGCGAUGGAAAAUUGUUUCGAGUGGCCAUACGUAGGCUCAAACUUUCGUAUGAGCGUUCGGUCAAGUAAACACGAUCGUUUUAAGUGUUUAUGAACUGCUCAAUUGGGAAAUUUUUUUCAUCAGAAAACACAAUGUUGGGAAACUCGCCACGUUUGUGCAAGCGCAACAACUCCUUUGCUCUUUUGCACCGAACUUUUUUUUCGCUGGGGUGAAAGAUCAUCUGAUUUUUUGAACUUGUAAGCCUUGACCUUGAGCUCAUUUUUCAAUAUGCGUUGAAUGCUGUCUUGCGAUAUUUUCAGUUCUUUGGCCAUUUUUCUUCCACUUCGACGUGGAUUUAGUUCAAGUCGAGCAUUCACUUUCCGAAAAAUAGUUAAAAUAUGUGCCCAAGCGAAAUGAGUUGCAGUUAUGCAGCAAAAUUGCACGGAAAGUAUUUUCGUAGAACCUUCUAACAGUUUAGCUCUCACCUGAAAGGUUCAUUUUGUCACUUGCUUCAAGGGGAACACCUCCAAACUUUGCAAGUCGUUUGGCAAGUCGUUAGAGGACUUAAUUUUUCUAGGAUUAAAUAAUUUUACUAGGGGUCUUCUCGGACGCAAACUUUAUGUCACAAACGUAAAAAUUCCUAGAGACACUAAAAUAGAAUCCUAAUAAAAUCAUGCUUAUGGCUAUGUAGAUCAUGUCAAGCCCUCAAUGCGACCAGGAAGCGGUAAAUGUUAAACUCGUGUUGAAAAAAUAGAGCUUACAUUGCAUGCACUAGGUUUUCAGUUUAAAGUUUUUUCUGAAAAAGUAACUUUCACUUAAAAAACUAUACUUUGAAUACCUGCAAAAGGACGCAUUGGCAUUUUAGGUGCCUAAAAACCCGCUUACUUGCCAGUGUCUGCUGCUUGAAAUUUGAAAGGAUCGAGUCAAGGAGCACCUAAACACUCAGGCUAAACAGUCCAUUGUAUUUAAAGCUCUGGAAAGAGGGUAGAUAGUCAAGGAGGGAAGGAGAAAAUUAUCUGAGAAAGAAAUAGGAAAGAAUAGAGACAGAGAUAGAGAUAGUUAGUGCUAUGAGAAUUUGCCAGAUUCUUUGGCAAAUCUAAAAAUAUCCUCCAGUUUGAGAGAAGGAAUUUUACUCAUUCUCAUAACAUUGGAACCCAAUUCGUAGCCUUGCUCUAGCAAAGGCAGGACACUCACAGAGAAAGUCCUCAGUGCUAUCCGCUCCUCCAAGCACGAUAGGCUCAUUGGGUCCUCAAUGAUUCCAAUGGUGGUCAUAUGCUAACCCCAUGGGUUGUGUCCUGUAAUGAUACCGACCAUCAACCGAACGUCUUUCCUUGCAAGUUUUACUAGCAGAAAGUUUGACAGUUUUCAGUUCGGACUUGUCGCAAAACACUUUGCAGUUCUGCAGCGGUCUAGACCGGACCAUCGCUCUUUAUGUAGAUUGCAUACAUAAUCGCUCCAAUCCAAUUCAUGAUUCCUGCGGAACUGAUUCCAAUUAUUGACUUUGGCCCUUGUGGAGGAACCGCUGAUCCACAGUUGGCCAAUUCAUCGGCAAUUUCGUUUCCUUGAACACCGGAGCGUCCUGGAAGCCAUAUAAGUAGAAGCCUGUUUUGUCUUGCGACAGAAUUAAGCUUCUUCUUACGUUCUUGAACAAUCUUUGAGGUUUGCGUCGCGUUCUCCAAGGCCUUCAGUGCAGCCUGACUGUCAUUGAAAACUCCAAUCUGUUUCCCGCUCCAUCUCCGCUCGAUUAUCCAUUCGGCUACUUUCAGGAUGGCAAAAACUUCUGUUUGGAAAACAGUUGGCAUUUCCCCCAUAGCAUAGUGAUACUUAUUACUAUCGUUUAAGUACCAUCGGGCUCCAGACCCUAUUUCAUUCUUGGACCCAUCGGUAAAGAAAAUAUCGGUCAAACCUCUCUGAAUCCAUUCUGGAUCGCUCCAUUGCUGCUUAGUUGACUAUGCCUUUGUGUAGGCUUUCUGCAAUGUCAGGUAUCGCUUGACUAGCACCCAGCCCUUAGAACGAACGAACCAAUUAUUAGACGCCAGAGCAAGGCAGGAAUUUCAAUACUUUUUUAAACCGUAGCCAACUCACUGCAUUGGGAGAGGAACAAAAUCAUCAAAAGCUUUAAUGAACGAUUUGCCACGGAAAAACUGCAGAGCUUAGAACAGAAUCCUGUCAAAGCCAAUAAAUCGUACACGUUGUGCUCUCACAAUUCCAUACAAACAUACAAACAUCAAUAUAUUCAUACAUAUAUACAUUCAUACAUAUAGCUUUAAUAUCAAUCAACACCACAUUAAAUUUCAUUUUACUUCCAUUUAAGUUAGUUAUAUUGUACUUUUACGUCUUUUACUAUUAUUAUAUAUAAUUAAUUAUUUCUUUCUUAUUUCUAUAUAAUUAUUUCUUUUUAUAUUUUAAAAAAUAUUUUUUUUUUAAUUUCCAAUAACUGUUUUCAAAUUAUAAAUGGUGCCUAUUUGAAUUGUGCCAAGCCCUCAAUGCGUUUACGAAGCGUUAAAUGUUAAAUUUGUGUUGGAAAAAUAGAGCUUUCACUGCAUGCGUUUCGUAUUUAAGCUGAAAGCUUUUAUGUAAAAGUAACUUUCACCUAAAAAUCUGGGCUUUCUGAAAUAAAAUGGUCGCUGAAAUUUAAAGCGUGGCUUGGACAUUUACCAGCUCGGCUAUAUGAGCUUUCAAAAGCUCUAGUUUGUUAAAAGCUUAUGAACUACUGCGCGACGAAUUAAAUAGUUGGUAACAACGCGCAAGCUCCGUUAGAUUUUUCGUUUGUUGCUAAGCUUUUACAAGCGCCAAGUUGUAAGCGCCACUACGCAUAUCGCAUGUGAAAGCUCAUUGCGUUCAAUACACAAGUUUGCAUUUUUCAACUGCAAUUUUUUUUUUAAUUUUUUUACUUUUUUUUAAUAUUUUUUUUUUACUCUAACUUUGUUGCCUUGUUGUCAUCAAAAUUAAAACGAUGUACUACAACAUGUUUUGGAAGAACGCGCUAAAUUUAAAUUUUUAGGCAAAAUUUUACCAGCAUAAAAAAUUCAAUUUUAGGAGUUACACACAAAAUUAUCAUUUUGGAACAAAGUAAUUUAGGAGAAAACAAGAAAAUUUAAAGUAAAACUAAAAUUAUAAGGCAAUUAAGAAGUCAUAUACUAUAUAUACAUACAUACUUAUACAUACAUACAUACAUAUAGGAGGCGAAAAUUAUAGAAAGUAGUGCAUUUUUAGGGCAAUAAUGAUUAUAAUGAAGUAAAAGCAAAAGAAAAAAACCCAAACUUAUACACGACAUAAGAAUUAAGUGAAAAUUUAUGAAGCAGAAAAAUCAGCAAAAUAAAACAAAAACAAAAAAAAAAAUUUCAGGCUCAAAAAUAUGAAUAAUGAAAACCAAAUAUUUCCAAAUAUUUGAAAAAUAACAAACUAAAGUGCAGUUUUUUUGAGGACAACAAAAACUUAUUUCAAUUAAGAAAUUGCGCACCUUAAAGUUAAAAAACAACAACAAAUAUUUGUAAAAUUGCCAAACUUUGUUCACUUUAAGCCGCUUCAAAUACAGUAUGGCAAAAAGAAUUCGCACAUAUGUAUUUACACGCAACCGCCAAGUUGCUUAUCAGCUUUGACGCAAGCAUUCAUAUAUACCUACAAGCGUACAGACAUGCAUACAUAUAUACAUAGGUGACUGAUUAAGUCAAAAGAAAAGCAGAUUUUGUUGGUUUUUGUUUUGUGCGCGCGCCUGGUCAGAAAAACAAAAAUAAAAUACAAGAAAAUAAAGUUAAAAAUAUGUAUAUUAAGUAUAAGUGCAUUUUAGUACUUAAUAACAACAACACAAUUGGGUUUAUGCAAUGCAUAUAUGCAAGUACAUACAUAAAUAUAAUCAAGCAUCAAUUUUUAUAGCAUUGAAAAUUGUAAGAAAUAUUUCACACCAAAAAAAAAACCGAUACAUAUAAACAUACAUUUCUAUAAGUUAAUACGAUAUAAAAUACAUACAGCUUAUAGUGCCUCCAUAAAAAGUAAAAAAAAAAAACAAACACUAUAAUCAUGAAAAAGUAUUUAAAGAAAAAAUUUACAAGCACAGCCGCACUUAAAAGAAAAAAGCAGAAGAAUAUCGCAAAUAUUAGCGCCAGCCUGGCAAUACUAACAUUUUAGUUUUUAUGUACGCAAAAUCUACUAAAAAAGUUACGCACAACGCCAUAUUCAUAGUAGAAAUGAGGUCCCAAGCAAAGUCGCAAGCAAGUCAAAUGAAGAAGAAGAAGAAAUGUUGUUGUAGCAGCAGAAACAUUCACCGUACAUAUAUGGGAAAUAUUGCUGGAAUGGCAGUCCUUGACCGAAUAUAAAUCGGGUCGUUCCGGUAACGUAGAACCGACUGACGUGGGAGCGAAGAAGAAAUGUAUUUAGCUUCACUUUACUCAAAGGAAUUGGUAUUAUUAUUGUCGUUAAACUUUCCUUAUUUUGUAGCGAAGCCUCAAAAUUAUUACUCAUUUUUUUUUACUCAAUUAAAUUUAGGGUUCCGACAUUCCAGGCCCAUAUCCGUAAAUCGUAGUCCGGUUUUCGUUUGCGAUGGUCGUCAACGUUGAGGGGCUCAUUAUCCGAGGCUAUUGCGGUCUUCACUGGUUGUUUUUUGUUUUCCGUGGCGGGUCCCAAACCCAGCGCACAACCCAAAUUUAAUGUCCUGGGGAGACAUUCGUCUCACACAUUCGUUCACUGCCCGGCGGGUGCUCAGCAGCUGUCCAGGAUGGCCAAGGAAAAUACAGGAUCAAAUCCAGGGGGCUGUGUGUCAUCUUGGAUAAAGCAAGUGACAAGGAUAGAGCUCUGGAGUUUACCAUGUUAAACCCAGUCAAGCCGUUGCCUUGUAUUGCUAAAUCCCAUACAUCCCCUAAUAACAAAUUAAUUGCCAUACAUUUUCACCUAAUUUUUCUCUAUAUCUAAAUAUGCUAAAAGCAGUGAGUGCUUUUAAAAUUUUAUUUCCAAUUGUAAAAGUUUUAUUUCCCAUUGUACUUCUCACAAAAGAAAAUUUAUAAUUUGAAAAAAAAAAGAUCAUUUACAGUUCUGGCACAAUUAAGCAGAUUAAACUCCUACUUAACCAGAAUCGACCCCGACAUACCAAACAUAUGUCCUUUUUACCUGCCCCAACAAACCACUAAUCUAACAGCGCUCCCCCUCUGGACCCAACCUGUCGAAGCAGCAAGUUUCCUGGGCCUACCGUUAGAUGAGUUAGACGAAGACGACCGGUGAUUUACACUACACUGACAGGGUUUAGUAUUGCUGCUAAAACAAAAGCAACAUCAUUUACAGGUUUAUUGCACAUUUUUAGUAAUCAAGAAGCUUUUCAUUAGUGAUUUCAUAUCUUAAAAGCUCCUGACAGCUCCCCUUAAAGAGGACAAAUACAUGUCAACGGCAAUAUUUUCUCUCAUUUUCAUUAAAAUUAUUUAAAAUGAAGAAGUCAAUAUAUUUUUUUCAAAAUUGGCGUACAGUUUAUUUAUACAUUUUUUUUUUAUUCAUUAAAAAUGGCGGAUGUACACUCAAUUCUUACAGGAAGGUCGCCGCGGAGCUUCUCAAUCGGCGAGCAUUGUAGCAUCGGCGUCAGUGACCUGACUACAAAAAACCAAAAUUUUUUUUGUUUAUUAAGUCAUAAUUUCUAUAUGAAUGAAGCAAAAAUUAAAAAAAAAAAUCGCGGAAUAAAAUGCUUAAAAAAAUGAAUUUUGAGACGAAUUUUCCUACUAUUUUUGCUUCGAAAAAAUUAUUUUUUCGAGAAAUUUUCGAAAAUUUGUAAGUUUACAUAGAAAGUAAUAUCAUAAAAAAGAUGUGUGCAAAAUUUCAGGGAGAUCGAUCAAUAACUUUUCGAGUUAUCGUGUACGUCAAUUCGAAAAAUAUAGUUUUGAGAAAAACGCGUCUAAAGUCGGCAACGUAACUAUGCCUCCCCAGCGCUCGAACGCAAAGAAUAGAGUCGUCACGGUUGACGAUCUAUAAUACAAGAAAUACUUAAAUUUACGUUCUAAAAAUUUGUUGACAUAUUCUUAAAGGAUUAUAUUAACAUUUUAUGAAAAAAAAACAAAUUUUUUUCGAAAUUUUACAGGUAUCUGUCCGCUAGAGAUUUACUACAAGGUGCUACCUUUAAAAGCUCUGGAAUACUAGCAAUACGUCCCCUUUCUGUGUUAAGCUCGUAACUUCAUUUCUUUCGAAAUAGAGAUUUUUAGUGAAAAACACUCCUUAGCACUCCUGUGUUCAGAGCGUUUCGAUUUUUCUCGUAUCUUCAUGUUCGAAUUCAAAAACCUAGUAUCUACUAUAAGUAUCGUAAAGUUUAACUCUAAACAUUUAUUAUCGAUUUACUGAAUCGAUUUACUGAAAAUUAUGACUUUGUAGAUACGAAGUUAACACAGAAAAGGGACGAAUAUUCUUCCAAUAUUGUUGCUCUUUCUUAUUUUCAUUACCGCAAGUGCUCUCGAAUUUUCGCCCAAACAUGGAAUCAUUUUAGUGAGACCUUUUUAUGACUUUCACUAGCUGUUUACAACUAUUUACUUUUGUUGCUUUAUUUUUUUCCGGGCACUUCUGCUAGAUUAUAUGAAAACUAUGAGACAAAGUGAAUAACAUUUUAAAUGUUGUUUUAUUAUUUUUUAAUAGCUCGAAACUUUGUAAAGCGUUUUCGAAGCUGUUUAUUCUCUUUCUUGAUCAUUGUACAGAUCCAUAAGUAAAAACACUCUCAGCUGGUUGCCGAAAAAUGCCCACAGUGGAGAUCACCUGAUUCCAAGUGCAUAAAAAAUGAUUAAAUUUCAAAGAAAAUCCUAUUAAAAAAUGGCGUAAAAAUGCAGAUAUUUUUGAAGAAAAAGCAAAAUAGCUAAGAAUAUUUGUUCUUGUAAAUAUACCAAGUCAAACAUAUUAUUUUCUGUUUUUUUUUUUGUCUAUUAUUUUUAAUGUUACUAUAAAAAUUCGAAUUUGGUAUAGCAGCCCCACCUUUUCAUGCUUAAGCAAAAAUACCAAGCACUUACAGCAUCUCACACUUGACUGCCAAUCAAACUCACACCAAGUGUGCCUGUCAAAAAAUAGGCAGAAGAAGAGUGCUAUUUAGUUUUGUAUAAUGCUCUUGAUUUACGUUCCAGUUGGCAAAAACCAUUUGGUGCAUUCCAAGAAAUUGUGAUUUUCAUUUUUUGCCCCUAAAAUUUCCAUAGAAUCAUACAUGCAAACAUUUCUUCAGCAGCCGUCUAAGUUUAAGUCGUACUUGCACGGCAAUGAAACGAGGGAAGAAGAAAUUUUAAAGUCGCACUUGCACUGCAAUGCAACGAAGGAAGAAGAAAAUGUCAACCCCACGCUUUUUAACAUACAGCAAUUCAAGUGUUGCUCUCAGAGACCAGAGUUGAUACUCGUCGAUGACUGUAAAGUUACUGUAAACGCAAAAACUGCCAGAAGUGUUAUGAACCAUACGCGGGAUACAGUUGUGCGUAACUGAAUUGAAAAUUUAGUAUAGCAAUGGGACCAUAGCUGCAUUUUAGUAUUAUAUUUAGCUUUCUUUUUUACUCUCGUUAACAGCCUGUUGUUAGUUUUUAUUUUUCAAACCAUUCCAUGGCCAUUUUUCUUGACAAACCUUGGCUGGCGCUAACGAAACAAAAUUUGUGCGUAUCGAAUUUAUAAGAAAUUUAACUGAACAAGGUCAAUAAGCUUAAAUGAUAAAAAGUAUAAAAAAGCAAACAAGAAAUAAAGAAAUAAGAAUAAAUAAAAAUUAAAAAUCAAUAAGAACCACAAAAAAGAAAAACUAAUUACAAAAACAAAAAGAAAACAACUACAAGCUAAUAUUGCAAAACAUAUUUUAUAACAAAACAUAUAAGUAACAUUUAUUACAAAAGCUUUUUUUCAUUUAAUUCUCAACAAAAAAAAAAAGCUAAAAGCUUUAAACAAAAUUAGUACAGAAUUGUAAAAAAAUUAGAAGAAAAAAAAACUAAUAAUAAAAGUAACAUCAAAAGUAAUUAAAUUUAAUAAGCUUUGGCACACAAAAUUCAAUGUUUUUCACCAAAACCUAAACAAAAACUGAAUUAACCACAAAAUUUAGCAUUUUCGGAAACUUUCAAAAACUUUAGAAACAAAGUCAGCGACCAGAAAAAUAAAAUCGAGUAUGACGGACUCGUGCGAAAAAAUGCAAAAAUGAAAGAAAUACAAAAAAUUACAACAAAAUUCAACUAUACAAAAUGGUUACAUGAAAUUUGCAAUCACUACGAACCCCCAUAAUAAAAACAAAACCGCAAGUUUCGGCAAACAAAAUUCUUGUUGCUCUCAAAAAACAAAAAAAAAAACACUACUCUCGACAUUCAUGAUUUCGAUAAAUUUGAAAUUUUUUCAUUUUUCAUUUUCAGCGUUUUUGUUUAUUAAUAAUUUGUUCAGUUGAUUUCGAUAGCAAUACAAGUGAAUAACAACUACAACAGCUACAAGAAAACAAAAAGCUCAGGGUAAUACGGAUUCUUCCAAUUAAAGAAAAAAAAAAUAAAACUUAAAGCAAAAACAAAUUAACAUAUUAACAAUACUACAAUAUUACAACAAAAACAAGAACAACAACAACAGCUCAAAUAAAUAGUCUAACAGUAAUGAUUACCUUUAAUACAAUACAAUGCAUUAAGUAAAAUACUACAACAACAAACAGCAACAGCAGAAAUAACUACAUACAAAUAUGACUAACAAAUUUGCAAUAGUACCGGAACAUACAACAACAAAUAUUUAUACAUAUUUUUUAAUUGAAUAACUGACGUAUACGUAAAUAAGCCCCGAAAUAAAUAGUUAGUGCAUACCUACAAACAUACAUACACACAUUUAAGUGUAUUUGCGGAGGACAUCAGAGUGAAGGCAAUUAUUUACAACAACAAUCAAUAACAAUAGUACUAACAUAAUAAAGAAAUAAAUAAUUACAAAUAAAUGUAAAAUAAUAUUUUGAUAUUUUUUUUUGUAAGGAUUUUUGCCACGGUUUGUUUUCUGCAAAUAGUUGAAGAAAAUGAUUCAAUUAAUUUUUUAUACAGAAACUUGAAAAAUAGUGCAAAAUAUUUCAAUUCUCGAAUGCCUUUUUUACAAAUAGCAAAACAAACAAAUAACAACCGAGAUCGGUAAUACAACAAAUACAGCAAUAACUGUGAAAUAUUAUACUUGCAAAGCAGGCAAAACCGAAGGCAGCGCGCGUGAGAAAUCGUAAAUGCUCGGAAGAGCUGCCCGAUGCCUGUGGUGAGAGCCGUCAACGCUGAGCGCAUUUCACAACUUGAAUGCCUUUACAAGCUCUUGCAGCGAAGACAACAAAUAUUUAAUGAACUAACAAAUACAAAUGUAAUAAACAACAACAACAAUAAUGUCAACAACAGUAAUAUGCCUUGUUUACUUACAUACUUGAGAUAGAUUCUUUUCUCCAUAUACAUACAUAAAUAUUGAAUUAUUUUCGCAUUCAACAGCCGCUAGUAAAUUUAUUUAUUUCCGUACCUACAUAUGUACAUAUAUAUGUAUAUGUACGUGCAUCAGUGUGACUACCAGAGUACCAAUCCAUUUUACCUACAUACUACAUACAUAAAUAAAACAAAUAUACAUUCAUACGUACACACCUAUAGUUACAAAAUCCCUUGCAGUAGUUAUGUAUUUACUUAUUUUACGAACUUUUUAUUCUAUUUAAUAAAAAACAUUUAUAAAUUGUUAUGAGAAACUUGUAAUACAUACAUACAUAGUUACCAUCAUACUGUACCAUUAAUAGAUACGUACGUACCGAUAUCCGAAAGUAGAACCGAACCCCUUCAAUCAGCCAAUCAGUCAAACAAUCGAACAAAUCAAUUCACAGCAAGCCGAUCUACAACUAAUCCGAUUGAUUAACUAAUUAAAGAAAAAUAAUAAAAUAUGCAAGCAAAGUGUUUGAGAUUUUCCAGCGUGCGAUUUCUAAAUGACGUCAAGUUGUCGCUUGUCGUUGACAACGCAAAUUCAUUGAAAGAUCUUCUCGUUAUGAAUCCAAAAAUGCAACUUCAUGCGCCACAAGAAAACAACUCAAAACACUGGAUUAUUUUAAAAAAUGGUUUCAGAUAGGGUACUUAAAAUCUUCCCAAGAAAGUUGUAUAAGCAACAGCGACACAAUAGGAAAUAGUGAAGGCAGUAAGCUUGAACAGAAAUUAAUAAAAGUAAUGCUUAAAUCUACAGUAUUCUUUAAAAAAAAAAACACUUGCGAAAAACUUCUUUUCAAACAACUUUAAAAAAUUCUCUGCAAUAAAA